AACUGCCUCACCCUUCAUUUACUGCAUUAAUUUGUUCACUUGAUGAUUUAGUUCCAGUGGUUUUCUGUGAGAUUCACUAUCAUCCGUUUGUCCUGCAGAAGCAGCUGAAGGAGAUGCAGAAGACGCUCCAGCAGAGAGAGAAAGAUCUUCAGCAGCUGAGAGAGACUGUGGAGUCUCAUAAGCGCUCUGCACAGACAGCAGUGGAGGACAGUGAGAGGAUCUUUACUGAGCUCAUCCGCUCCAUUGAGAGACGCCGCUCUGAGCUGAUACGGCUGAUCAGAGAUCAGGAAAAGCAAGCAGUGAGUCGAGCUGAAGGACGACUGGAGCGACUGGAGCAGGAGAUCAAUGAUCUGAGGAGGAGAGACGCUGAGCUGGAGCAGCUUUCACACACACAGGAUCACAUCCAGUUCCUGCAGAGUUUCCAGUCUCUCUCAGCUCCUCCUGAAUCUACAGACGUAAACAAUGAUCUUUUCAGUUCUCUCGUCUCUUCUGAUGCUCUGAGAGAAUCUGUCCAUCAGCUGAGAGACAAACUGGAAGAUUUCUGCAAAGAGCAGCUCAAGAAGAUCUCAGACAGAGUCACACUCACCAACAUUGUUCCCAGGACCAGAAACGACUUCCUACAAUCUGGGGCGUAUUACUACACCCAGCCCCAGUUCAAGCCCCCUUUUGCCCCGGCACCCAUCAUCAUGAAUCCCGCCCUCCAGCAGCAGCAGGCCCCACAACCUCAAAUUCAGCAAACUCUGCCCAGACGGGAACGCAAGCAGGCUUUCUGGAAGCUCACAGCUGGACCGGUGGACUUUGAGUCCUCGAGUCUUGCUCUCAACCAUCAGUGA